AUGGGCACGAAAGUGGCCCCCAAGUGGUUCAGCGGGGCGCCCUUUGGAGUGCAGAGCCACAGGUUUGAUGUCUCGGCUGUCUACCCAGACCAGAAGAAGCAGAGCACCUUCACCGAGGCCCCGUACUCCCGGAGGCACUCUGUGGAAGUGGCCCACAUAGGCCCAGGGACUUACAGCUCCAAGGAGACCUGCUUCAGCAAGAAGAAGCUGAAGAAGGAGGUGGGCACUGGCUGGGCCCGGGCCCAGGAAGCCACACGGCUCACCCAGCUGCCUCACUUCCAGUACCAGGCCAUCCUGAAGGAGAAGAAGCAGCAGGGUCAAAAGCUGGGGCCCGGCUCCUAUAACAUCAAAGACUUCCUGCAACUGCUGAAUCAGAAGCCGGGCAGCACUCGAGGCCUGCUUAGCUCUGGGGAGAAGCGCUUCCGUGGCCUCAUAGGGAACUACUACCCAGGUCCUGGGAAUUAUGGGGAAAAGGGCAAUCCUUACACACGGCUGGAGGAGAACGCCUGGAACCGGUCCCAUGCUGAGGGCCUCCUGUGUAGGAUGAGCAACAAGCCAUCCUCCUUGGCUCACCAGGGCAGUGGACUGGGCCCCGGCACCUACAAUCUUAAAAGCAGCAUCGACACAUAUGUGGCACAUUCCAGCGGCACCCGUGGGCCCUACGACAUCUUCUCGGGUGAACGAAGUGAUCCCCUGCCUUUUGGACAUUACUCGGUGCAGAAGAAAAAGACCACAGAACUGAUGGGUUUCAAGAGCUUCGUGGAAGAACUCAACUCCCGGCAUCACAAAUAUCAUGGAGUCUUCUCGAAACUUCCCCGCAAUCCGGAGACGCCCACGGAGAGGAUCUACUGGUCCACUCUCAGCCAGUGUCCCCGGAAGCUGGCAACAUCUGGGCCUGGCAUGUGGCUUCCGCAGGAGAAGAAGUGUCAACACAUGGGCCUGUCCCCCUUCUUCUUGGCCUCUAAGCGCACCGGCAUCAAGACCUACCAGGUGCUUUGGGGAGGCUGGUGGAGGAAUCCCGUAGGCGUGGGCCGCUACUUCAACACCAGGCUGUCGGAGACCAAGGACAGAAGGAAGCGCUAUCGGUCCUUGUACAUGGGUGUUUGCAAGCGCUACCUCUCGGACCUAGCCCGGGACAGGUUCUUGCAGGAAAGACUUACACCUGAUACGCAUUGGAGGUGCUAUCCAGUUGUGGAUUACAACUCAGAUCCGACCCUUUUAAGACCAUGUGUGGACGACAGUCAGCAGCAACCACAGUGUCUGGAAGCCUGAAGAUAAAGAUGGCCGUGGGAGGAGGGUGGGAGCAGGGAACCUUGGAGAAUGACGCACGAGAUUGCCAAGGAGCUAGGAGAGGCGAGGGCGGGGUCACCUUUGCUGAAUCAUGGACCAGAGGUCACAGUGUCU